AUGUCUCACGCACUCAAGGAUCCGCAUUGCGGCAUUAAAGAUCUUUUCGAUUCGCUGUGGGAUGAACAGAUUGCUCUCGGCUUAGCUAACGCCAGCAUGUCUAACCAAGAUGCAGAUAGUGUUUUAAUUACUCGCGAAAUAAAACAUUACCUUCGUGAUUUUCCCUACUGCGAAAAGUUAGUUCUACGCAAAGAUGUUAAGAAUAACGCAAAAGCGGUUGAGCUGCGGAACUUGGGCAAUAAAAUGUUUCAUCCGCGUGUAAAGCGUUAUAUUGAAGCCAUUAAAUAUUACAACGAGAGCAUUACCUACUCGGAAAAGGGAUCGAAGGAAAGAGCACUAGCGUAUGGUAACCGGUCAAAGAUCUGUCUGGAGCUUCGCCAGUAUGAGGAUUGCUUGGAAAAUAUUCGUCUCGCUCGGGAAUCAAACUAUCCCGAGCUACUGGCAGGAAAGCUUAAGAAACGCGCAAAGGAUGCUAAGCUAGCACUGGAAAAAGCAUCGAAGAAAGCAAAGAAAGAUCAGGCGCCAGCCAGGCGUACGCAUGAGCAAGCAGAGCGGCAGCUCAAGUUAAGCUACGGUGCGCAUGAGAAUAUGCCGCAGGUUGCAAAAUACUUACAGCUGCAAAGGAAUGAUCAAUACGGUCGGCAUGUGGUGACUAAUCAUCGCUUAAACGUCGGUGAUUGCGUGAUGAUCGAUAAACCGUUCGUUACGGUGUUGGACGACUUGCUUCGCUACGUUCGGUGUGCCUAUUGCUAUGAAGAAAAGAUUUUUACACUGAUUCCUUGUGAAGGAUGUUCCCUGGCUAUGUACUGUUCGGAGGAAUGUUUGAGCAAAGCGUACCAACAGUACCAUCGCUAUGAGUGUGCGAUCAUUCGAGACAUGUGGCGAAUUUCCGGAGAUGUUCCCGUGAUUGCAAUACGCGCUAUUGCUUUGGCGAUCGCUGCCUUCGAUCACGAUGUACAGAAAUUGAAAGUGCAUCUGGAUGGCUUGAAUGAAGCGGGAGUUAACGCGUUUUCAAUGGACUGGAAAGCGGUUACACCAAAGGAUAUAUACGACACAGUGUACGUGCUAACAACGAACCAGCAGCUACGCCGACGUAAAGAUCUGGCCUUUACAAUAUUCUUCGCAACUAUCGUACAUCAGCUGGUGUUGGAAAGAACCGAGCUGGGAUCGAUUUGUGCCGUGGAUACCAACACAGCGAAGCUGCUGUUUGAUCUGAUCCUGCGUCAUCUGCAAAUCGCCCAAUGCAAUCGACAAUGGCUAUGUUUCAUGGACUACAAGAUAGAGAAUAUGUGUAACGAUAGUGAGGGAUACGCAACGGGUUGCUUUCCAUUGAUCGGCAUGUUGAACCAUUCUUGUGCACCUAAUGUGAAGCGCAUCACUUUGCGUGAUGGACGCUGUGCUGUCAUUGUGAUUCGUCCAAUAGCUGGAGGAGGCCAACUAUUCGACAACUAUGAGCGGCAUCACUUGAAGAAUGAUCUGGAGGACAGACAAACUUCAUUGCAGAAUAUGUUCAAUUUUCGGUGCGCCUGUGAAGCAUGCGUGAACGACUAUCCUAAACUGGAGAAGCUUCCGGAUAUGGAUUGCGAAAUAAUCUCCCAGAACGCUAAAUCGUCCUUUUUAUCAGCACCUAUCCUGCACAUCUUCCUGCCUGCUCAAAUAUGGCUAUUAUUCGAGAAGGCUCGAUCAUCGGAUUCGAACCUGGGUUACUACGGCCACAACGUAGGGUCCUAA